AUGGGCCUCCCCUACCUUACCGCAGCAGCUCAUAGGGAAAUAGAGAAGGUGGUCUGGGAGGAAGGCAUCAGGAGAGCAAAGGCAGAGCAACAGAAGCUGAUGGUGGACUGGUACCAGAGUGGAGAGUGGCAGCUUCAGAAUCUCAGUGUUAAUGGCUCCUGGAACACUAGGCACAAGUCCAGCAUGGGCACCUUCACUGCAGUGGAUGUUGAGCGCAGCAAGAUUGUGCAUGAGGAGACAAUGCUCAAGGAGUGCAUGCAGCAGAUCAAUGGGAAGGAGGUGGUCAUCACAAAGGGUAACUACCUGGGCACAUUGCAGGGCAUGGAGUGCAAGGGAUUCUGCCACCAGAUCAACUGGCUGCAGGAGAGGGGGCUGCUGAAGAACAUUGAGUGUAUUGCCCAUGACAACAAUGCCUCCAUUGAGAAGAUCAUGGCAAGCAACACAUGGCUUGCACACAUCAAGGUGCACACCAUUCUCUCCUGCCACCUCAAGAAGAACUAUGAAGCAAAGAUCAAGGUGGCCCAGGGUGACACUGUGGCGCUGCAGGGUGCAUCCAAGAGGUUUGGCCGCCUGCAGGCCUAUGGUGACACAAACUGGGAGUGA